GCAGCCAGUCGUGUUUUUCCCCUCGCCGAGCUCACUCUCUCUCUCUCUCUCAUCCUCUGCUCUGACUCUCUCUCGCUCGCUCAGCGGACGGACGGACGGACAAGACCUCUCCUCUCUCUCUCCUCUUCCUGUCUGUUAUUUCAUCGCCUCAUUUUUUCUUUUAUCUGUUUUAUUUUAAACAUUUCUCCCUCUUUCUCUCUCCCGCCCCCACCUGGGCCAGGGGCAUUAGUGGGGGUCCCAGAUUGUGGGUGUGUGUGUGUGAGUGUGUGUGAGUGUGUGUGUGUGUGUGUGUGUGUGUGUGUGUGUGUGUGUGUGUGUGUGUGAGUGUGUGUGAGUGUGUGUGAGUGUGUGAGUGAGUGUGUUGGGAGGUUUUCGGCAUGGAAGCAGUGGCACUGUAUACGUUUCGUGCCACUGAGGGUGAUGAACUCAGUUUCAACAAGGGAGACUUGCUCAAGAUCACCAACAUGGAGGAUGAUCCUAACUGGUACACAGCUGAGCUCCACAACAGGAAAGGCUUUGUGCCCAAAAACUACAUCAACCUGCGACCACACGCCUGGUUUGCUGGUCGUAUAUCUCGCGGCGUGGCGGAGAGUCGACUCCGACACAGGGAGUGCGGGGCUUUUCUGGUCCGAGAGAGUGAGAGCGCCCCUGGAGAGUUCUCCAUGUCCGUCAGUUACGGUGACCACGUCCAGCACUUCAAGGUUCUGCAGGACCGCUGCUGUCAGUACUACGUGUGGGACGAGCUCUUCUCCUCCCUCAACGAGCUGGUGGAGUUCUACCAUAGCAACAGCAUCGCUAAGGAGAGGACCGUCUUUCUGAGGGACCCCGAGCAAUUCGCCAGGCGACCCCACCAUGCCCACGCUCUCUUCGACUUCACCCCCCACCACCCGUCCCAGCUACGCUUCCUGCGCGGUGACGUCAUCGAACUCAUGGACUGCUCCGACUCGCUGCGCUGGCGGGGCCGUUGCCACGGACACGUGGGCUACUUCCCCGAGUACGUCCAGCCCAUCUACCAAUGCCAGUGACCUGACGCACCAAUCAGAUACCACUCCCCACCCCCCCACCCCCUCACACUGCUCCCCUGCUGUGCACUCGCCCACUCACUUUUGGAGAACUGAGCUGCUCAUUAUGUAACUGACUCCCCCCCCGUGAUGCCACCUGUCGAUCACAAGCUUCGUCCAAUCAGCUGCUACGGGCUCAUCAAUCGCUUCCACCUGAUCCCACGACUCCACUUUCUCUUUAAUCAUGUACAAAAUAAAGAAAAUGAAGAUAUGGACCUACACACUGUGGAGAACUGGAACCUACACACACAUUCCCAGGCAUACUCAUGUAUUCGAGCUUAUCAGCGCCGGUGCAGGCUAAAUAAAAGCAACACACACACCUGCAAAGUGUGUGACCCACGGGAUACGCUGUGGAGGAAUGUUUUCUUCGCCGAAGACGAGUCAGGAUUUUGCCGCUGCUUCAACAAAGAGAUCCGAGCAGAGAGGGACACAGAGAGUCAUUGUGUUGUGAAUAUCUGGGACAGACACUCUGAGGAUACUGACACAGCAGAUUCCUCUCUCGCUGGGUGUGUGUGUGUGUGUGUGUGUGUAAAGUGUGGGUCUGAACACUUGUAAAUCUGUAUUAGUGUGAUAUGGAAAAGUGAAUGCAUGUGUGUGUGAGUUUGUGUGUGUGUGCAGCAAUGUGGACCAGUAAAGGAGAUCACUGGGUCAAAGUGACCAGUGAGAUGAACUUUAAAACACACAGCUUAAAAAAUGUAAUAUCCUCAACUAAAUUGAAUAUGAAUCAUUUAUUUUGUUUGUUUGUUUGUUUCCAUGUAUUUAUUCUUAUUCAUGUGUAAUCUUAGAAUACAUAUAUUAUAAGUAAGAUACAACAUUGUAAAAAAGGUUUUGUUCCUGUUGCAACAAAAAGUCUAAGAAAGCCACAUUUGUAUGUGAUUUACGGUAAGAGCUUGGACCAGUCUUCCUUAACGUGUAAUGACAAAUCAUUUAAAUAAAGUGAUACAUUUACCUCUU